UAGCUCACUUCAGGGACCUACAGGAUGAAAUGUUUCUCUUUCAAGUACUGGACGAUGUGUUUCUCGGGGAAAAGUCGUCUAAAUUUCCUGUGCAUCUUAAUGCAAGCCACAGCAACCUACAUGACAAUACCUGGAAGGAUAUCUUCUACUUGGAACACAAACAUCUCAUGACAAACCGAGAUUCAUUUGCAGACAAAUUCCAUUCGGCAUUGGACCGGCUGAAGAACACAACGAAGCUUGUGUUAUUGCACCACCUGUCGACUGAAUUGAAAAAGAACGUAGGUAACCACCCACUCUUGAUGCGGUUCCACAUGCUUGCCAUGACUUUAGAAGCAAAAUACGGCUCUAAUGACAGCGUUGUCCCUGAAAGACGAUGGAGCAAUGAAGAUGGACGAUACAGAGAAAGGAAGACCAAGUUUGGACACGUUCGAAAGAAAAGAACACUUUAUCAAGAAGAGAAAGAGAAUUCUUGUCAAGAUUUGAGGUCUGAUCCCGACAACAACGAUUGUCUAGGAAUGUGCGGCUACGGAUGUUCAUGUUGGUAUUUUAUUUGUGGCAAUUGUUGCCAAAAUCGGCUUUGCUUUGAACAUGACAAAUGUUGUCGACAUGACAUGUACACCAUAAACUGCCUCAUUCCGAUUGUUCAUUCAUUGAGCUGUGAAGACGGGUAUGGUGGCUACCCCAGCUGCUUACAAUGAGUACACUUCACACUCCGCGCAGACAGAUUCCCGAACGAGGGAGGGAAGGGGGAAGGAGGUAGGGUCAACCUUUGCUGAGUGUGUGCCUCUGGCCUUUUAGAACCUCUACCCCAUUAUAGUAUAUUCUUUUGCCAAUUAUAGACCUUAUCUUAGCUACCUUUAGUAAUACGGUCACAACAAUCUGCACAUUUUUAAAUCCCUAUUUACCAAAAUUUUCUUACACCCAAAAUACCGAAAAUGUGCGGUCCCAACUAGUGGUGAAAAUGCGACUUAGUCCAACGGCACGUCUCCAUUAGCCUCUUUCUAGAAAGUACCGCGUCCCGAUUACCUUUUAACUGUGUAACUGCUGAGCACGUGCUCAAACUAGUUUUGUAGAGUGGAGAGUAUUUUGCAUUGCAUAAACACGAACACAACUUGUUAACCUAAACAUUUAAGGGAGGUCGGCUGAAUAUAUACUGUUCAACUAAAAACCAGAUCUUACUUGUCAAAUUAGGAG